AUGACCGAAUCAGUUGUUCCUCCUAUGGUUCCUCCAACUGAGGAGCAGAUUGCUAUCGUCAAGUCCACAGCACCAGUUCUCGAGGUUCACGGUGUAACAAUUACUUCAACCUUCUACAAGAACAUGCAUGGUGACAUCCCGGCCUUGCACGAAAUCUUCAACCAAACCAAUCAACAAAAUGGACACCAGGCCAGAGCUUUGGCGAUGUCCGUAUUAGCUUAUGCUAAAUAUAUUGAUAACCUUGCUGUCCUAGGUGAAACUGUCGAAUUGAUCUGCCAAAAGCACGCUUCCCUGGUCAUUGAACCAGCUCACUACAACAUCGUCGGAAAGUACCUCUUAGAAGCCAUCAAGGAGGUCCUUGGAGAUGCUGCCACACCCGCAAUCAUCGACGCCUGGGGUGCAUGCUACUGGCAACUCGCCCACAUCAUGAUCAACCGUGAGGAGGAGAUCUACAAGGAAAAGGCCAACCGUGACUGGAGACAGUUCACCGUUGAAAAGAAGAUCAAGGAGAGCAACGAAGUCACCAGUUUCUACCUCAAGCCAAAGGACGGAAAGCCAGUAGAGACAUACAAGCCAGGACAAUACAUCACCGUCAAAGUCGCCGUCCCACAACAAGAAUGGAAACAAUGCCGUCAAUACAGCUUGUCCACAAGUCAAAAUCCCGAAUACUAUAGAAUCAGUGUUAAGAGAAUCGACGGAGUCGACGUUAAGGAUCCCAGCCAGCAAGCUCAUCCCGGUUGGGUUUCGAACGUCCUCCAUGAUACCGUCAAGGAGGGAGAUUCCCUCGACCUCACAUUCCCCUGUGGAUCUUUCUUCCUUGAUUCUGAAGCCAACCCUGAAGCCCCAGUCGUCUUGAUCUCCGGUGGUGUCGGUGUUACCCCCCUCAUGGCCAUGUUGAACACUCUCGUCGACAAUGGAAGCGAAAGACCACUUACAUGGAUCCACGCAACCCGUGGCCAGAGCGCAUAUGCCUUCGGAGACCACCUAAAGGCCGUCAUGAAGACAAAGAAGAACUGGCACGCUGUUGUCUACAACAGAGAUCUAACACUAUCUGGUGAUUCUGACAACUACAAAGUCCUCGGUGGCAAGCUAGACCUACCAAGCUUGGACCGAAAUGCCGACCUUUACUUGGACAACCCUAAUACCCAGUAUUUCAUUUGCGGACCAGACUCCUUUAUGGUCGAGUUGAAGGACAUCCUUGUUAACUUGGGGGCGUCCGCCGAGAACGUGAAAUACGAGCGAUUCGGAACUGGAGACGUUGUCAGGGAGCCGAAACCGGCUGUCACCGGGGGCUGCCCAGUUUCGCAUGGGUCUGCAACUGCAGGGAUGAAGUGUCCUGUAUCAGGCGCCGUUGUAGAACAGUCUGCUUGA